AAUGCUUAUUGGAUUAUCUAUUUUGUCGAUUCUUAUUCGCCCUAUAAUCUCAGUUGAAAAUCCUAUUUGGGAGUGUAAUUUCGAGGAAGAUUACUGUUCCUUUUCAACUAGCGUUCCCCAAGGUAUCUCUCUUUAUAAAUUUCAAAGAGGCUCUCUGCAUAGUUCUCAUCUUCAAGGCCGUAAUGGAAAGUUCCUUUAUGCGAAAUUUGAUCAUUCAAAUGACCUUGAAACUUACAUUUAUUCACCUAUUAUUAAAUUUGACACGAAAUUCAAAAGGAAAUGUCUUGAAUUUCAUUAUUGGAUUGGCGGCGAUAAAGACCUUAUACAAUUUUACGGUAUAGAUAAGGGAAUUGUUCAAUUCAGAGAUGAAACGUUGGGGCAUUUAUCAUCAACCAUUAAUAAAUGGCAAAAGAAGGUUAAGAUUUUCAAUGUGUCUAUUGAUCAAAUCGCGGUUAAAGCCAAAAGAUCACCGACCAGUAGAGACAUCAUUGCUAUCGACGAUAUAAGACUAUACUAUUGCGAUGAUGAACAAGAGAACGACAUUACGAAUUUAAUUAGCUGUUCAUUCGAUUCCAAUGAUUUUUGCUAUUAUAAAAAUACUUCGAAUGAAAAGAGUGGCUACUAUUGGACAAUUGAUUCUAAGACUCCGUCAUCCUUAACAGGACCAUCGAAACCUUUUAACGGAACAGGAAAGUUUGCUUUUACCGAAUCUUCGAAAUGUAUUGGAAAUUCUAUAACUAAUCUUACUAGUUCUACUUUUAAAAUUACCAUUCCUGGCUGUGUAUCAUUCUAUUAUCUUUUGUAUGGAAGAGAUAUAGGAAAAUUGGAAGUCUAUGUGAGGAAUUUUGAAGAGACGAAUGAAAAUCUUGUUUUCCGUGUCAAUAAUUUAAAUAAAGAUGAAUGGAAAAAACAUACAGUUCAAUUGAAUGUUCAAGGGACUUAUCAAGUAACAACUUGCGGAGGAGGAUUCCGAGGAGAUAUUGCAAUUGAUGAAAUAGCUUUCAAUUACUGUUCUUCCGAAUCGUAUACAACGGAAACUAAUCCAAUUGAAAUAACAACAGAAGCAGCAGACGCAACUACAAUACCUUUACCUACAACUUCUACAAAAUUACCAGUAAAUUUACCAUACAACUCAUUAUUAAAUUGCAAUUUUGAUUUACAAACAAUUUGCCUAUACGAAACAAUUAAAUCUCGAUUUGAUAGUUUCUAUAUAUGGACUUUACAAAAUAGACGAUUAUCUUCUGGCACAGGACCAAUUGAAGAUGUUUCUAAGAACGGUUACUUUUUAUAUACUGAAGCUUCCGGUUGCAAAAGUGGAGAUUUCACUAAUUUUACAAGCCCUAUUUUUACAAAUGAUAAUUUAGAUUGCCAAUUAUCAUUCUCUUAUCACAUGUUUGGUAAAGAUAUAGGAACUUUUACAAUUGCAACUCUCGAAAAAACUGGAAGAUAUUCCAUUUUAUUUUCAAAGAGUGGUUCGCAAGGUGAUAGCUGGAUGAAGAACGUCGUUAGCCUACCAAUUGGACAAUAUCGAGUUGUUUUUAGCGGAGUUUGUUUAACCAGUUACCAAGGUGAUAUUGCUAUUGAUGAUAUUAAAGUUAUAAAUUGCCAAAGAUCUCCAGAAGAUAAACCGAUUAGAACAUCUCCUAAAAAGUUAAAUUGUGAUUUUGAAAGUGACUUUUGCGCCUAUUAUCCAAGCUUACAAUCGACUUUCCCAUGGUAUAUAGCUUCAAAAACACCUUCUACGGGAACUGGUCCUCAAAUUCGAUAUUCUGGAAAUUUUGCUUACUACGAGUCUUCGAAAGCUAAUUCCAGUAGAGUAACUAGCCUCGAAUCUCCAAUGGUUUAUUUCGAAGAAACAUGUUGCUUAUCAUUUGUCUAUCACAUGUUCGGAACCAAUAUGGGUCGUUUCGUAGUGUCCCUAGUUAUCUAUGACAACGAUGAAAGAACAAUACUAAAGAAUGAAACAAUUCUUGACGAAAGUGGAAAUAAGGGAAACAUCUGGAAUAACUUUUCUUAUACAAUACAAAAUGAAAAUUCAAGUAGGCCGACGUUGAGAAAAUUGUUCUUUACCGGUUUCUAUGGAAAUGGUUAUAGGGGCGAUAUUGCUUUUGAUCAAGUUGAUAUUCAAUUUCAACCUUGUUAUCAAACGUUAUCAACAACAACGACAACAGAAAUACCGGCAAUGCCUUCAACUAUGCAAACAAGACCUUCGGGUACAGCCAUAUCGCCUGAUAAACUAACUUGUGAUUUUGAAUCUGAUACUUGUAUGUGGACGACAACUAAGUAUCCUGCAAAUGAAAAUAAUUCUUACAUCUGGACCCGACAUUCUGGAUCAACUCCGUCGAGUUCGACAGGACCAAACGUAGACCGUACAAUGGGUAAUGCUCAAGGCUUUUAUACAUAUGUAGAAGCGACUUUAAGCGAACGAAAUUACUAUACUGAAUUAAAAUCUCCCUUAUUAAAUAUGAAUAAUAAAGAUUUUUGUCUGGAAUUAUACUAUCAUAUGUUUGGAUCAAAUUCUUCAAUUGGAAAACUUGAGAUAAUAGGCCUUCAUAAAACUUCCAUGUUAAAAGUACUUUCUAAGAUUGAACAUAGUCGGGGAGAUAAUUGGAAUCGUUUAAGAAUUCAAUUGAAAAAGUCUGAAAAUUAUUAUCAACUUAUUUUAAAAGCAACGUCUUAUGGGCAUUAUAGAGGAGAUAUCGCUCUGGAUGACGUAUACAUCUUUAAAGGAGACUGCAAGGACGCUGGAUUAAAACUUUCAGGUGGUUGUUCAUUUGAAUUGGAUGAUUGUAACUUUGUAAAAUCCUUCGAUAAUUCAAUUUGGAAUUUUGCACGAUGGAGUGGAAAGACGUUAUCCACUGGAACUGGUCCUCAAAAUGCAUAUGAAGGAAGAUUCUACAUGUUUACUGAAGCAACAAGGGCGCCUGUAUCAAGCGUAGCCAUUCUUUCUUCAACACUGAUAACAGUAAAUGAAGUAAGUUGCGUAUCGAUCAAUUAUCAUAUGCUAACUUCUGAAGAUGAGUUGGGUAGCACAUUCAUUGUAUAUCUUGAUUCAAACGGACAAUUUAAUCAAGUAAUGAGCGAAAAAGGAAAUAAAGGAUAUUCUUGGAUAAAUCAAGAAAUUCAAACAUCAUUCACUAGCUAUAAAAUAGUAUUCAAGGCAGUUAGAGGUUAUACGUUUGAAAGUGAUGUAGCAAUUGAUAAUUUGAUAAUUAGCUCGGGAACUUGCAAAUCAAACGAUAGAGUGAUAUUUCCAGUUGCCAGCCAAACCUCAUCGGUCAACUGCAAUUUCCAGAAUCAUAUGUGUGGCUAUACGCUUGUUCAAGACUUAAUGAGUCCCCUGGAGUGGACUAGACGGGAUGACGAAUCCUCAAAUAAAGUUAUGCACAUCGGAGGUGUUGAAGCCAAAUCGGCAACAUCUGCAAUAUCGAUUCAGUCUCCUCUAAUCACAUCAUUCAAUUCGAAAAAGUGUUUAUCGCUAAAACUAGCAAAGAAAACGAAAUCAAAUAUGAUCCAGAGUCAAGGAGAUCCACUGCUGAAUUUCCACGUAAAGAAGAGAGGAUCGAGUUCUUUCAGGAAAAUCUCGGAAUUGAUGGAGGAAAGUAGUAAAUUAUGCAUGAAUCAAAAUUCAAAUCUGCCAGUAAAUAUCGAUUUGGAAAGUGAUGUUGAACAAUUCCGUAUUGAACUUUCAACUACCAAAAGGAUGAAUGUAUCUGUAAUUACACUUGAUGAUUUCAUCUUGAAGAACGGUGAAUGUUCUAAUGAACCAGGUAAAGAUGAUCCUAAUUGCGGUAAAGUUGAUAAAACUCUAUUUGGUUUGGUUAAAGAUAAAAUGAAUUUAGAGGAUGAAAUACCUAGUUGGCAGGUUUCAAUACUAAUUUCAGCGGACAAUAUCAAUACAACUUGUAAUGGAAUCGUCGUUAAUGAGAGAUACGUAUUAACGUCGGCCGUUUGUCUAAAAGAAAAUGCAGACUACCUUAUCACUUUUGGUAGUUUAGGAAGUAUUGGAGGAGAAUCUAGAAAAGGGAUUAGGGUUUUUAAAACCAGUUCAAAUUAUCCCAAGUUCCUAAAAAAUUUGAAAAGUAUUGCCAUUAUAAAAUUGGACGAAAUCGUAGAAAUGAUAAAUACAAUAGACCUAGAUUAUCUGAGCCAACAAAGUCUAUUAAAUGUCGAAUAUUUGGAAUGUUUUACUACCAGUUUUGAAACAAGAAAAUCAAGGAAAUCUCUAUUAUUUAAGAGAAGAAAGUUAAAAUUAAAUACAAAAGAGCAAUGUACAAACGAUAGAGACGACUCUAUAAGGAAAUAUUCAAAUUUAAUUUGCGGUAAAAGUAUUGAAGCUUGCAAGAUUGAUUCUGGUAGUCCUCUAUCGUGUAGAAUUAAUGGUAGAUGGCUAACGGUAGGAAUUAAAACGACUGACCUAGAAAAUUGUACAACUGGAGUUGUUUGUAAAGAUACAUUUUGGAAAUGUGAUUUUGAAUUGAACGAUUGUUCGUUCAAUUCCAAUAUUCCGGCGAGAGUUCAUAUAUUCAAAUUAACGAGAGGUUCGUUAAGCUCUCUAGACGAUCGGAAUAAUAAUAAUGGAAAUUAUAUGCAUACUGUUAAUACAGUUAAUGAUAUUCAUGAAACUUUUAUUAUUUCACCAAUCAUCUUUCUAAAUGGAAACAAAAUGAACAGAGUAUGCGUUCAACACUAUCAUAUGAUUGAUCAGUAUAAGAGUGAGUUAUUUGUUUUUCUAUUGCGACACGGACAUAUUACUCAAAGUAAGUUAAUAUAUGGUUCGAAUAAUCGUAAGAAGAUUUGGAAAAGUUCAAUUAUUGAAGCGACAAAAGAAUUUGAUCAAGUGAUGUUUUAUAUAAAGAAAUCCAAAACAAAUGUGGGUGUAAUCGCAAUUGAUGAUAUUGAAAUAAAUGAUUGUGAAGGAGAGAUCGAAGGUACUAAACCUCCGUUUGCUUUACCGUUGAAACCACCCGACGAAUAUCUGAAUUGUACUUUCGAAAAGGACUUUUGUUAUUGGAUGACAACUCAUUAUCCAAAGUCGAUUGAUAAUGAUUAUAAAUGGAUGUUAAAUAGUGGGAAAACACCUUCGUUAAAUACUGGACCGAGUAAUGAUCAUACUUUUAAUAAUAAAACCGGAAAAUACGUUUUCAUUGUAAUUCAGGCAAUAUCGGCUGGUUGUUAUAAGGGUGAUAUAGCUCUUGAUGAUGUAUCAGUUGUUAAAGGACGUUGUUUAGAACAAACAAAAAGCCCAAAUGAACAAUUAAAUUGCAAUUUUGAGGUGGAUUUCUGUCGUUGGACCGUAAAUAAAAGUCCAGAUUACUUUUUCAAUAACUACAUAUGGACCAGAUUGAACGAGGAAACCCCUUCUCAAGGUACAGGACCAACUAAAGAUUCUCUGUAUGGCAACAGAUAUUAUAUAUUCGUCGAAUCGUCAAAUAGUCAACGAGGUUUCUAUUCCGAGCUAAAAUCGCCAAUAUUUAAUAUGAAUAGGAGGGAUUAUUGCCUAAUAUUUUCCUAUCAUAUGUUUGGAUCUUUAGAGAGAAUUGGACAAUUGGAAAUUAUGACUUUUAAAGAAGGUACUUUAAAGGAUAUUCUCUUUAAAAACAAUAAAAGUAUGGGAAAUUUUUGGAUUCAACGUACAAUAGAUUUAAAAUCUAACAAACAAAUUGACCAGAUUGUUAUCAAGGCAACUUCGGAAGGAUUUUAUAAAGGAGAUAUAGCUAUCGAUAAUAUAUAUGUUGAAGAAGGCAAUUGUCAAGAUGUUAGUCUUCUUCAACGAUGUUCUUUCGAGGUAGAUUUGUGUAAUUAUCAACUAUUCUCCUACCAUAAAUCGUGGGAAUUUGCAAGGAUUCAAAGUGAUAGAGGUGGACCUAUUCAACCUUAUCACGGGGAUUAUUACCUAGGAAUAGUUCCUUCACCGCAAUCGUCAUUCUCUCGAAUUGCUGUAUUAUCAGCAGGAUUUCGAACUCUAAGAGGAAUUGCGUGUAUUUCAUUCUAUUAUUUCAUUCAAAAACCUUCUACACCUACUGCUAGUAGUAGUAAAUUGAAUGUUUACUUAAGAGAAAGUAUUACCGGUACUUAUCAAUUGGUUACUAUGUUAAAGUCUACAAGUAACGAAUGGAAAAAACAACAGAUCGAGAUAUCGGUACCAUUCUACGAGAUAACUUUUAAAGCAGUAGAAGGAUUAUCUAAUCAAAAUCGAAUUGGUUUAGAUUUCAUUAACGAACAGCUGGGCAAUUGUAGGGAAAAGUUUAUAUAUUAUCCACUAAGAGAUAAUGGAAUUGGUUGUAAUAAUAACGAUAGUCAAUGCGAAUCGCCCUUCGAGAAUAAUCCAUUUAAAUACGAAAAAAGUUCUACAUCCUCCUUCGAUGACUUAGGUUAA